AUGUCGCCACAAGUUUCCUGGGCGAAUAGGAUUCUUUUCUUAUUAAUCGCUUGGACACUCCCCUGCUUAACACGCGUAGCAGCACAGACAUGGUGUGGCAAAAACUAUAGGAAAGAUCAACCCAUAACUCCUCCUGAGGGUGCUUUUGAGACUCUGGAGGAACUUUCUGCUCCGCAACUCGCGUUCCAAUGCGCGCCUAGGAUGCACAUAUAUCUCGAAAGUGAUGACUGUGACGCAGCAUCUAUCAUUCUCGAUACCUUGGUCACUUUCACCCGUUUGCGGUAUUCAUGGCCUUUGCCGGACUCUUUCGACACGCUUGAUCCCUCAAACUUCAGUUUGCAUGUUGACAUUGGAGAAGAACGCUCUAGUUUCUCUAAUGUCCUCUUCAACGCCACGAAUAUAGAGAUUCCUGUGUCACUGUGUAGCUUGCAGCCACGCCUUGAGCCGUAUGCAGUAAGAUACGAGAUCAAGGAGCAAGGAUUCAAUGUCGUUCAUCCCGUGCCGCCUUUUGGUGACCAAGCCGUGUUUGAAGCGAUGUUAGACUAUCUCGACGACAUCGGAUUGUAUCUAAUUGUUCAUGUCCACAGCUCUUACCGGGACCUUGAAGAAGUUGCACGAGAGGUGAAAGCUAUCAGACACCGAAAAAGUCUGUUGCUGUGGUAUACUGCAGACGAGCCAGACGGCCAUGGACACCCUUUCGAUGCAGCACGAAAGGCCUAUGAAGUCGUCAAUAAUCUCGACCAAUAUCACCCUGUAUCAAUUGCGCUCAACUGUGCCGACUAUUUCUUUGAGGAGUAUACCUCUGGGGCAGAUAUUAUUAUGCAUGAUGUCUAUUCCUUCGGGAAUAAUGUUACAUUCUCGUCCAAGUAUGACACACCUUGCACCACAGAUUUCGGUUGCUGUGGAUGCGACAAUUGCAUAGGUAAUCUGGAGGACACAUCCAAAAGGCUCGACGACGCCAGUAGAAGGCUAAAAGUCAUGGGCUGGGAGAAAACUAAAUUUAACUGGGCUGUACCUCAGGCUUUUGGGGGUGAAGAGUUCUGGGCCCGCCCUCCUACUGGGAAAGAGUGGCUAGCUCAGACCCUCCUGAGCAUAAACCAUGGCGCUCGAGGUGUCAUACCGUGGAUCGACCCCACUCCUGUAGAUAUCAAACAUUGCGCCUCUCGAUUGGCAUUAACACUGCCUCGAAUAGCGACAUUUCUGUUCGACGAGAAUGUGAUAUUCAAACACUUCACGUAUGGGCGUAUAGAUACCGGCACAUGGACAAAAGGACACGAAACUCUUUUCGUGGCGAUUAAUCUUGACGAUGAGUAUGCAGCUGAAUAUGACUUCCUUGGUCGUCAGCAACGCCAAUCAUUAAAAUGGUUAAUAAACGAAGGUGUAUCCAAUAAUACUAUGGGACAUCUGAGUUUCGAACCUUCGGCGUCGGCGAUCUUCGUUACCUUUCGUAUUCGUACGGCGCAUAGCAAUGAGCGAAGUGAAGCCAGCGGCGACGUCAGGCUUGUAGAGCACGACGAACUUUGA